AUGAAUGACCUCGGCACCAUCAACGCCAAGGAAGAUCCUAUGCGAGGGAGCGUGAGUCUUGCAGAUCCGUCGGGGGAGAGACGGAGCUCAGCGACAGGGGGAAACCACGGCGACGCUCCACACGACGAACAUGCCGCCAUCCAAGGGUCUGAGGCGGAAGCAUCGCAGCACCAUCUGACGCUGCUCCAGCUGACCGUGGUCGAAGUUUGUGCUGCCGUGGUCGAGAAGAACAACAAUGGGGAGAAGGAGGAGGAACACGGCAUCGCCGACGUCGGCCGUCACAGCCACGAUGAUACCGCUAAAGUUGGCAGCGUUAGUGGCUCUCCUACUUCAGGUGGCGCGGAAGUUGGGAAAACGCGAGGCACCAGGGAAGAAGGUGGCAAGUCGACGGGACCUGCAUUGUGCCAGAAGGUCCGAUCUGGCAGAAGAAGGGGCAAGCAAGCAGCGAGGGGGAAGAGGCUGAAAUACCGCGAAGAAGAUGCCGAGGAUGCGGAGGAGGAGAAUGAAGGGGAUGAGGAGGAGGAGAAUGAAGAGGAGGAGGAGGAUGAGGAGGAUGCGGAGGAGGAGGAUGCGGAGGUGGGGGAGGAGGGAAAAGAUGAGGAGGAUGACGAGGAGGACGAAGAGGAGGAGGAGGAGGAGGAGGAGGAGGAGGAGGAGGAGGAGGAGGAGGAGGAGGAGGAGGACGAGGACGAGGAGGGGGACGACAAGGAUGAGGAGGAGGAGGACGAUGAGGAGAGGGGCGACGAAGAUGAGGAGGAGGACGAGGAGGAGGAUGGCGAGGGGGAGGAGGAGGAGGAAGAGGAGGAGGAGGAGGAGGAGGAGGAGGAGGAGGAGGAGGAGGAGGAGGAGGAGGAGAAAGAGGAGGAGGAGGAGGAGGAAAGGCCGGAAGAGGAAGAGGAGGAGGAUGUGGCGGCAGAUAAGGCAUUGGGCCACCGGUAA